UGAUGUCAUAAGGCUGCGCCGCACUCCAUUGUGAUUCGGCUGAGGAAAGAAAAACUCCUGGUGAAGCAACCAAGAGCCACGUGACACACUAUUAUAAAGAUGCCAUUUAUUAAAGAGGAGAGUGAAGACAUGAAUGUUGAAGAAACAUUCAGAGUGAGUUAUGAAGAUACUGAAGAACAAACCCAGAUGGCAUUUGUUAAAGAGGAGAGUGAAGGCAUUAGUAUUGAAGAAGUAUUCAGUUUGAAACAAGAAGAGACUGAGGAACAAACAGAUCUAAUGGCGCUGAAAGAGGAGAGGAAAUUACUCAAUGCAGAGAAAGAUCAAUAUGAGAAUCUUCAUGAUUUAAUACCUGGAGAAAAAUCUUUUAAAUGCUCACAGACUGAAAAGACUUCCACACGAAAAAAAGCUCAAAAGUCAGUAACUACAAGUUAUUUCACUUGCAUUCACUGUGGAAAAUGUUUCAGUCAAAAAGGAAACCUUAAAGUCCACAUGAGAAUUCACACUGGAGAGAAGCCUAAUGGAUCCCCUCAGUGUGAAAAGAGUUGCAGUCAAGAUGAAAGCCUUAAAGUUCAUAUGAGAGUUAACACUGGAAAGAGUCCCUUCACAUGCCAACAAUGUGGAAAGAGUUUCACUCUUAAAAGUGGUCUUAAAAGGCACAUGAGAAUUCACACUAAUGAUAAGCCUUACACCUGCCAGCAAUGUGGAAACAGUUUCACUCUUAAAAGUACUCUUAACAGGCACAUGAGAAUUCACACUAAUGAUAAGCCUUACACCUGCCAACAAUGUGGAAACAGUUUCACCCUUAAAAGUAGUCUUAACAGGCACAUGAUAAUUCACACUGGAGAGAAGCCUUACACCUGCCAACAGUGUGGAAGAAGUUUCAUCAGUAAAGGACACCUUAAUUACCACAUGAAAGUUCACACUGGAGAGAACCUGUUCACUUGCCAACAGUGUGGAAAGUGUGUCAGUCAUGAAUCAAGCCUUAAGAGGCACAUGGAAGUUCACAGUGGAGAGAGCUCUUUCACUUGCCAACAGUGUGGAAAGAGUUUCAGGCAUAAAUCAAGCCUUAAAAUGCACAUGAGAAUUCAUACUGGAGAGAGCUUUAUAACUUGCCAACGGUGUGGAAAGAGUUUCCGUCGAAUAUCUAGCCUUAACAGGCACAUGAAAGUUCACAUUGGAGAGAGAGCUUUCACUUGCAAACAGUGUGGAGUAAGUUUCACUCAAAAAGGAAGCCUGAACAGGCACAUGAGAAAUCACACAGGAGAGAAGCCUUACACAUGUCCUCAGUGUGGAAAGAGUUUCAAUCGUCAUGGAAACCUUAAAGACCAUAUGAGAGUUCACACUGGAGAAAAGCCUUAAGGCCUGUACAUACCGGGACAAAUGUUGCAUGCGUUUUUUGCCAGCGUUUUUUGAGACGUUUGUUGUGUUCAUACCCAAGCGAUUUUUACUGCCAAUGCAUCGAGUGAAUGUGCAAAUUCACUCCCCUACAGUAUAUGCACUUGUGCUGAUCACAAUGACAGUAGUGCAAGUGAACGGUAGAGCAAAUAAACAUAUUUAUGAAAUAUACAUUCUCAACUAUAUUUAUUAUACUUGAAUGUAAAAGAAAAAAAAAAACAGUAAAAAUACAGAAAU